AUGUCGGCAUCCCAACUGCAAUAUACCCGGGAGGAGGUCGUUCGCUGUCCGCUCCACUCCGAACAGUGGAAGGUUGCGGCAUCCCUAUGGCCCUGGUGGAAUAAAACGGUUUUCGUCAACAGAAACUCCAGUCGGCUGUUUGGCCCAAAAGCAGGAUCCGGCUACCCAACAUUUGGCAGGAGAACUUGGAUCAAAAAAGAGCUUCGCAACAUCCCCUGUUAUGAUUCUUUAUUUUCGAAGCCAGGCGCAAGGAGGCAAGUAACAGGGAACCAAGAGAAAUCCAAGUUUAUGCACACGGGAUGGCUGGUGGCUGUUCACUCGAGGACAGCGGAGCAAAGCGCUGGCUCGCUGGACGUCCAAACUUCUGUAACAUGGACAGGGAGAAUUGUGGAUGAUACACCGUAUAUCGGGUCUUGCAGCUUGUAA